AUGCCAAGCAAUACCAAGCAUACAUGCCAAUGCCAAGCAAUACCAAGCAUACAAGCAAAGAUCAAGCGUACACCAAUGCCAAGCAUCCAAGCAUACAGACCAAAAUCAAGCAUACAUGCCAAUGCCAAGCAUCAAGCAUACAUGCUAAUGCCAAGCAUCAAGCCAAAAUCAAGCAUACACAUGCCAAGCAUCCAAGCGUACAAGCCAAUAUCAACCAUGCAAAAUCAAGCCUCCCUAGUCACUCAAGCAAAUAAAUCAUGUAAGCUAAGUUAUUUCGAGCUAAUCCACCAAGCAUUUUCUUCUCUGUCAUGCCAACUCUUGGUGCUUAGGCUCCGACUAGCCAGCAAGUGGGACCCCACAAGGCCAUACCAACUUGGACAUUCUAUGAGUGGACUUUGUUUUAAAUAA